AUGGAUCACGUGUCAAGUUUUAUUCGCAGCAAUAAAGGUUAUCCAGAAAAAAUAAAAACUUGUGAUGGUCGCCGAGCGAAAACGGUGAUCGAAUCUAAAAUUUCAUUGAAUAUGGUUAAAAAUCGCUCUAACAGUUCUCAAAUGAUUGGAAAGAUUGAUAAAUCGUUGGAAAAGAAAACGUAUUUCAACAAUGAAAUUUUAAAGAUAAUUAGAGGAAUGUUAUUAGCUUUGCCGAUAUUGUUCUUAUGCUAUUACGGACCAAUGCAAUACAGCAUCUUGGAGAAUGGACAGAUCUUUCAAGGUUUUCCUCCGAGAAAAACAAUCAUGACAUUUAGUUUGGGUUAUUCUGUCUCGCAUUCCAUAAUAUAUGCUAUUGCAACUGGCAUGCUCAUCUAUUCCGUUAUCUUGAAACAGCCACAAUUUAGUUUACCCCUCAUGGGUCUCUUUAUGGCCGAACUUGUCUGUGAUUCCUGCGAUGCGAUUGAAAUGAUUUGGUAUCUUUUUGGAUAUCUUCGAUUACAAACUGCACUACUCUAUGCUACAGGAAUCCUUUUAUUGAUCGUGAUAGAAAUAUGGACAUGGCUGGGUGUUCUGCAGCUCUAUGAAUAUCGAAAUUUUCAAUCGUAAUAGGUGACA